AUGAAUAUAUUCAGAUUACUUGCCGAUCUAUCGCAUUUGUUGGCCAUUAUAAUUCUGUUACUUAAAAUAUGGAAAACAAGAUCAUGUGCAGGAAUAUCGGGAAAAUCACAAAUACUUUUCUCUAUUGUCUACACUGCUAGAUAUUUGGAUUUAUUAACAACUUAUGUGUCGGCGUAUAACACUGUAAUGAAGGUGGUGUUCAUUGUGGCUUCAUAUGCUACUGUUUAUCUGAUGUAUGUGAAGUUUAGAGCCACUUAUGAUCACAACCACGACACUUUUAGGAUUGAAUUUCUGCUGAUACCAUGUGUAAUACUGGCUCUGCUGAUAAAUCGAGAAUUCACAUUUUUAGAGGUCUUAUGGACAUUCUCAAUCUAUUUGGAGUCUGUGGCUAUUUUGCCACAAUUGUUUUUGGUGUCAAAAACUGGAGAAGCUGAAAGUAUUACAUCGCAUUACCUCUUUGCCCUGGGUUCCUAUCGUGGACUGUAUCUAUUGAACUGGAUUUACCGCUACAUCGUCGAGGAUCAUUAUGAGUUAAUAGCCAUCAUAGCUGGUGUCGUUCAAACAGUUUUGUACUGCGAUUUCUUCUAUCUUUACAUUACAAAAGUCUUGAAGGGGAAGAAACUACAGCUGCCUGCAUAA